AUGUCGACAACCAAUCACCAUCAUGAAGUUCCUUCAUCGUCGUCGUCGUUAAAAACGAUGCCAUUUCCUUCACCAUCGACUCUCAAUUCCUCCUCCUCCUCAUCUCCUUCCUCUUUCAAACUCCGAAAAAUCCCUCCCAUUCCAAUCCGCCGAAUCCAGAAACCCGAGGCUCCACUGAACGACACCGAAUCAAUCAACAAUGACGACGGCAACGACACAGAUUGCGGUGAUAAAAAUGACGACAAGGAGAAAUUGGAGAAGAGAAAUUAUAAAGCGGACGAGAAUUCGCCAAUAAUUAUGGCGUCGGCGCUCGGGUUGAAUCAUAUAAGGACACGUUCCCUUCCGAUUCCUUCUCCGCUUAGGUUUUCGUCGUCAGCUGCUACGCCGUCGUAUUUAGGGAAUGCUCAGGUUAAUAAUAAUAAUGAUGAUGAGGUUAAAACUGGAGUCGACACGAGGCUUAAUGGAUCGUCCUUUGAACAAGGGAAAAAGAUUUCGUGGGGUGAAGCGAAACCAUUUAGAGCUCACUCGCAACUCAAUCCAGCAAUGGAGAGUAAUCAUGCAGCAUUUUUUGCAAAGGAAAUCCAGUCUCCGCGUUUUCAAGCUAUAUUGCGUGUUACAAGCGGUAGGAUGAAGAAGAGUCCGGAUAUUAAGAGCUUCUCUCAUGAGCUUAAUUCCAAAGGGGUUAGGGCUUUUCCAGUUUGGAAGUCCCGCGCAUUUGGUCAUAUGGAGGAAGUUAUGGUGGCAAUCAGGAUGAAAUUCAUCAGGUUAAAAGAGGAAGUUGAUUCUGAUUUAGGUAUAUUUGCUGGGGAUUUGGUGGGUAUACUUGAAAAGACCUCAGACACUCACCCCAAAUGGAGAGAGAGUUUGGAGGACUUGUUGGUUGUAGCUCGACAAUGUGCAAAGAUGUCUUCUAACGAAUUCUGGGUGAAAGGUGAGGGUAUCGUCCAGAACCUAGACGAUAAGCGUCAAGAGCUUCCAAUGGGGAUUGUCAAACAAGCACACACCCGGCUUUUAUUUAUCCUCACUCGAUGCACUAGGCUUGUGCAGUUCCAAAAAGAGAGUGGUUGUGAUGAAGACAAAAUUCUGGGCAUUCAUCAAUGUAGUGAUCUUGGAGUUUAUCGUGAACAGAUUAUUGAAAUUGCACAACAGGACUUUAGCGGUCCAUUGGUGGGUUGGAAGACAGCGGGUGAGAAGCAGAGAAAGAAAUCCUGUGGUAUUGAACAAGACACUCAAGUUACAAAGCAGGAUCAAGUAGAUCAGUCUUUGGAGGUUGGCACUGCAAAAAGUGUUGAUUCAACUGCAAGCAGCUUUAAGAUGUCAUCUUGGAGGAAACUUCCAUCCGCUGCUGAGAAAAAUCGGAAGGACACUGAUGUUGUUCAAACACCUUUCAAGGAUAAAUCAGAACCACUACUUGAUAGAGAUGAUUAUUCUGAAAAUCUUGAAACUCCAGACCAUCCUCCAUCCCCAGGAACAAAAAGAGUUUCUUGGGGACUCUGGGUGGAUCAACACAAUGUUGCAUAUGAAAAUUCUAUGAUAUGCCGGAUCUGUGAGGUUGAAAUACCGAUUGUACAUGUAGAGGAACACUCUCUAAUUUGUACUAUUGCCGACAGAUGUGACUUGAAAGGCUUUACUGUAAAUGAAAGACUUGAAAGAGUUGCAGAAACUCUUGAAAAGAUACUGCGCUCAUGGUCACAAAAAACCACACCAAAAAGUACACCAAAAAGAUGUGAUACUCCAAGAGUAAGUCCUGAGGUUGAAAGAGUGCCCACAUCAGGUAUUCAUGAGGUGUCAGAUGGGUUAUCACCAAAACGAAACAACUUUUCUUCUUGCUGCUCUGAAGAGAUGCUUGAUGUUGUGCCUGAUUCUUUUGUGAUGGAAGAUAUCAAUGUUUUUCCAGAAAUUUCAUGUGAAGCACGUUCCACUCAAACACCUGAUGCAGACAAAAUAACCUCAUCAAGAGAAAGCUUGACACCACGAUCACCAUUAUUAACUCCACGGACUAGCCAAAUUGGUUUACUAUUGAGUGGACAGAGGACAAUAACAGAACUUGAGGGUUGUCAUCAGAUAAGCAAGCUACUGGAUAUUGCUCGCUCUGUUGCAAGUCUAAAUGACAAUGACUAUAGUGCACUAGAGAGCAUGCUGGACUGUCUGGAAGACCUAAAAUAUUCUGUUCAGGACAGGAAGGUGGAUGCCCUCAUUGUAGAGACUUUUGGAAGACGCAUAGAGAAAUUACUUCUGGAGAAAUAUGUGCAUCUCUGUACCCAAAUAGAUGAUGAGAAAUCGGACCCAUCAAAUCAGAUGGCUGAUGAAGACAGUUCUGAGGAAAAUGAUGCAGUUCGCAGUUUGCGUACAAGUCCUGUUAACAUGUCUUCCAAAGACCGAACCUCUAUAGAUGAUUUUGAAAUAAUAAAACCAAUCAGUAGAGGGGCCUUUGGAAGGGUUUUCCUUGCCAGAAAAAGAGCUACUGGAGAUUUGUUUGCUAUAAAGGUCCUGAGGAAGGCUGAUAUGAUUUGUAAAAAUGCAGUUGAAAGUAUUUUGGAAGAGCGUAAAAUCCUCAUAUCAGUGUGCAAUCCUUUUGUGGUUCGAUUUUUCUACUCCUUCACAUGCAGUGAAAAUCUUUAUCUGGUCAUGGAGUAUCUAAAUGGUGGAGAUCUGUACUCUUUAUUGAGAAACUUGGGCUGCUUGGAUGAAGACAUGGCCCGUAUGUAUAUUGCAGAAGUUGUUCUUGCUUUGGAGUACUUGCAUUCUUCAAAUGUCAUUCAUAGAGACUUGAAGCCGGACAACUUGUUGAUUAAUCAAGAUGGUCACAUCAAGUUGACAGAUUUUGGGCUAUCAAAAGUUGGUCUUAUCAACAGUACAGAUGACUUAUCUGUUCCGUUAGUCAGUAGUUCUGGUUUUCUUGAUGAUGAUGAACUAAAGGGUCAAUCGUCAUCCAAGAGAGAAGAGCGUCAAAAGCAUUCAGUUGCUGGCACUCCUGAUUAUUUGGCACCUGAGAUACUUCUCGGCAUGGGCCAUGGUGCAACUGCUGAUUGGUGGUCUGUGGGUAUUAUUCUUUUCGAGCUGCUUGUUGGUAUACCUCCAUUCAAUGCAGAUACUCCACAGAAAAUAUUUGACAACGUAAUGAAUAGAGAUAUACCCUGGCCCAGGGUUCCUGAAGAGAUGAGCUUUGAUGCCUGUGAUUUGAUUGACAAAUUGUUGACAGAAAAUCCACUUCAAAGGUUAGGAGCAAUAGGAGCUAGAGAGGUUAAGAACCAUUCUUUCUUUAGAGACAUAAAUUGGGAAACGCUUGCAAGGCAAAAGGCUAUGUUCAUUCCAUCGGGAGAAGCACAUGACACGAGUUAUUUUUUGAGCCGUUAUAUAUGGAAUCCAGAAGGUGAAAAUGUUCAUGGAGGCAGUGACUUUGAGGACUUGACAGACACAUGCAGCAGUGGUUCAUUCAGCAAUACACAUGAUGACGAUGUGGAUGGAUGUGGUACCAUGGCAGGGUUUGGUGCUCCAACUCUUGAUGUGAAGUAUUCUUUUAGUAAUUUCUCAUUUAAGAAUUUGUCUCAGCUGGCAUCCAUCAAUCAUGAUCUAGUUGUUAAGAGCACCAAGGAAGCAGCAGAUGCUUCCAAACCACCAGUUCAAUGACAUUUUUACGCGGUCGUUUUGGUGAAUAUAUGUGCUUCCACGACCCACACCAAUUCUUCAUUUGCUACCUGCUGAAGUUCCUUCCUAAAAAUUUUACACAGUAGCUUUACAUGGUCACUUUCAUUUUCAAUUCUUUCAUCUGAAAAUUUCAGAAAGAGGCUUUCCUUGAACAGGAGCAGAGUUCGAAGAAGUAGCCUAUUAGAAAUGCUACAUGCCCCACUUUACAGGUAUGUAGCAGCCAAACAAAAUGAUAGUUCUGCUUUUCCUUAUCUCAUGGCAUAUAAGCUUCAGCACAAGAAAGUGGAGUUUUGUUGCUGCACCAAACAACAGGUCAUGGACAUUUUUUAUAUCUCCACUUGUCUUUUGUAUAUACAUAGAUCUUCCUGCUUAGAGAAUGAAAUUAUUUGGCACAUAUUUUUUCACAAGCUCUCCACGAUACUAGGUAAGCUAGACAAAGAGGGACUGAGAGUUUGGAGUUUCCUGAGAAAGAGGAAUUCAGUCGACUGGAUAGCGCAUUUCUCCUUCUGGACACGAUAAUUAUUUUUUUGAAGUUGUGUGGUACAAAAAUUAAUUUUUAUUUUGUUCAAGGUUGUUUCAGUGGAGAAAUUCUUGUCUCACUAAAAGAGAUAGAAUAAACUUGUUUAAUUCUCUGUAUAA